AUGGCGCGCGAGGAGUCGAUCGCUGGAUUUCAGGUGCUGCCGGUGCAGUACGGCAAGGUCGGCGGCAUCGGCAAGCCGGUGCACGCCAUGUACAUCCGUGCGCAUACGGGGGCGGAAGACGACGAGCGCCUGCCGGGCGGACGCACACUUUUCGUCGUAAACCUGCCGACGGACACGACACGCGGCAUGCUGCGCGACCUGUUUCGCAAGGCAGGCGCCGUGCACUCGGUGACGAUUCACGAUAUCAAGGGCGCACAGCUCACAAGUGACGACGAGGACGAGGACGAGGACGAGGACGAAGAAGGAGAGGCGCCGACAGGCCGCGGCAAGAACCAGCCGCCCAAGCUGCAGCCCUUGCCGGCGCUCGAGCCAAACGUGCUCCUGGCCUCGGGCUCGACGGCGCAUGUCGUGUUCCUUGAUGCAUCCUCGCUCGAGCGCGCAUUGCAGCUCCCGGCACGCUACGCAUCCAAGCCCUAUGCCUGGCCGCAGCCGGGCAAGGAGGCCGUCGAAGAGGAGGAUGCACCGAAAAAGAAGCCGCGGCGCGCAAACGAGUCGCGCCUCGUCGGACUGCCAUACCUCUUGGAAAGCUACCGCAUGCACCGCCCCGACCACGGCCGCGUCAAGGAGCAUGUCGACUCGGCGAUUGCGCGCUACGCGUGGAUCCGCGAGCACCCGCAAUGGCUGCUGGAGCAGCGCCUGCACGGCAACAAGACGACGAGUGCCGGCGUCGGUAUCGAGGGCGUGAGUGUCGGCCCCGACGGCGAGCUCCUGGAUGCCGAUGGCUUCACCAUUGUCCAGAAGGGUGCCAAGUACGGUCGCUCCGGCGGCGGCGAAGGUGGCGGCGGCUCCUUUGCGGCCAUCACGCCCGAGUUUGAGGAGUUGAUGCGCGAGAACCCCGACAAGAAAAAGUCGAAAGAGCUCACCGACUUUUACCGCUUCCAGUUCCGCGAAAAGAAGCGCCAACAAUUUGCCACGCUCCGCGCCCAGUUCGAGGCGGACAAGCAAAAGAUUGCUGCGCGCAAGUCGUCGAUGCGCUUCAAACCUUACUAG